GGAAAUAUCAACGACAACUUUUUCAGGUGUACAAGUUUCCCAGCGACUUAGUAAGGUAGGGGACCCUCACUCACUGCAUUAAGAUGAACUAAGAUCCGACGCCUAUCUGUCAGAACACACGCGGCGUAUUUCCACCGGUUGGCCGUUUCGCACUACCGGCGAGGCGAGCCUUAGUCGUCUUCUUCGUGUCGGGGCAUCUCUCGUGCAAAAAGCUCCCUAGGCGCGCCCCAAGCUCGCCAGGAUCAAACCGCUGCGAGACGUCUUCUUGCAACUUGGAAAACUCGAUUUCUAAGGACAUCAAAGAGUCGCGAAUUUCUAAUUAUUUUAGUUGCUAAAUGACGCAAAACACAUGGGUUAUAACUUAUAAGAUUGUUUUUCAACUGAGUCUUUUGUCCCAUAAUGGGGUUCACGUGCCACCCUCCCAAAAAGCGCAGCACAGCACACAUACCAACCAAGAAAGAAUCCCAAAUGCAAGCUCAUCCUCCAUCUGCUCCCUCCUCGUCCCUCCUCUCCUCGAUCGCCAUGAGAAAAAGACCAAAACGACAUCCAAAGAGACAAAAAACGAGAGGAAAAGAGGAGCACGUCCGGACCGGACCCCCCCAUCGCCUUCUCUCUCUUGAAAUCGAAACCAACGUUAGGACAGACCCCCCCGUCUCUCCUCGUCAGUCAGAAAUCGAUCCCAGCCUCCUCACUGGUUUUUAUCCAUUUUAGCAGAAUCCCAGGACAGACAGACAGACAGACGCCCCCCGCGGGCAGAAUGUGUUAUGUGGGGAAAGCAACAAAGAUCUUCAUCUUCAUUGUUACCGCGCUCGUCGUCCUCGGCCUCGUCGUCGGCUUCGGCCCCUUGCGUCACUCCCUCCACCACCGUUCCCACGCCCACCAAUGCUCCGGCGACUCCUCCUCCUGCACUUUCUCUUCCCCCGUCGUCUCCCCCACCACACCCACCAACCCAAUCUACCCUUCUACCCCCGAUCCCGGGUCCUCGUCGACCCAGCCCGUCCCAUCUAGCUCGAACCCUCCUCCCAGCCCGACUACCUCAGCUACUCCCUCAUCCUACCCGCCACCGCCCAGCCCGAUCCUGAGCCCACCCAUCGCGAUCCCCACUGCCCCUCCGCCGACGUCUCCAUCAUUGCCACUCUCCCCUCCGCCAACGCCGCCAGCGGAAUUGCCGCCUCCGCCACCCCCGCCGCCAGCUGCUACUGCUGCGGCGCCGCCCUACACAAGCCCGCCGAGCCCGGGGGUGGUGACUCCAGGUCCUGAGCAUGCUUUAGCUUAACUUAGCUGUUCUUUCUUCUUCUUAAGAAUUAGUCAGAGAUACAGUGCGUCCCCAUUUUCUUCUUUCAUCUUAAUAGGCGAAGACAAAUUCGUGAGUUUUAGAGUGAGGGAUCAGCUUGAUCUGGCAUGGGCUGUGUAUAGAUGGCGGAGGUGUAAUUUGGAAGGUUGGUGCUGUUUCUUUUUCCUGAAAAUUAGCAAAAAAAUCACUUCUUUCACCUUUUUUUCCCUUUGCAACAUAGGAUUCUCUCGAAUCUCUUCAUUGUUUCUUGGAGGGCGCUUCGGUUUUUACUUACAUUGGGUCUCUUUCGAUGGGAUUAGUGUCGCCAUUCGAUUUGUUCUUUUACCCUUUAUCGUCCUUCCUCUGCAUCUCUCAACAGCUAACCAAAUCGUGCUGGAAAUUUAACUCUUUCUUCUGGUCAGAAAACAAAAUUUCUGCUGGAACACACUCUUUUAUCUUGCUCUUUCGGCUUUCCCUUUUCUGCGCUCAAUCUGAAGAGCACUGCAAUAAAGAACGAACCAGAAAAGGAGUCUUCAUAAAUUAAUGUAAUUGAGGAGCUGCCUAUGGUGGUUGGACUUGGAAUGGGGGUUCUCUCUUUGUUAUUGCUAGGCGAUCUCUGGCAUCCAAUGGUAGAUGGAGUCAUAUUCUUAAUUCCAUCCAACCAAGAAGAAACGUAAAUUGAGUAUCAUCUUUCUUCCAUGUGAUACUAAGCCAAGAGUAAAUGAUAUUAGUACACGGUACUUAAUGUUAUGUCAACAGUUGCUGGAUGAGUAAUUGUUUUUGCCAACUAAGGUUU